GCAACCCUCGAGAAAGCCAUUCGCCUUGGCUACGAGCAGUAUGAGAGGCUGGAGAAGGCCGAGAAGGGCCGCAUUGCUGCUCAAGGAAACCGUGGUGAUCUACCGGCGGCGCUGCUCUCCCAUUCGCUACUUAUGGCCCCGAAAAAGGAGUCGUUGGAUAUCGCACGCACGGCGGGAAUUCUCUCCGAAACGACGCGAAUCCUGGUGGAUGGGCGUGACAACCCGAAGCGCGAGGAAUGUUUGCCGGAACCGUUGCCCUGUGAUCACACCACAAAAUAUAGAACCUUUUCCGGCUGGUGCAACAAUCUGGGAGUUUCCUGCCAGUACGGCAACGCGUUCGGGUCGAUGCGCCGGUUGUUGGACCCGGCUUAUGAUGAUGGCUUCGAUCACCCGCGAACAAAAGCCAAAUCCGGUAAAACUCUGCCAUCAGCCAGAAAAAUCUCGAACGUCGUCCACGCGGAUGCCCCGAAUUUCCACGUCAAAUUCACGCACAUGGUAAUGCAAUUCGGGCAAAUUCUCGACCACGACAUGAUGCAUUCACCUAUUUCGCGAGGACCCGGAAAUACGAUCCUCAACUGCUCCGAGUGCGAUUCGUAUCAAAAAUUAUCAGUUCAUUGCUUCCCGAUAAAAAUCGAUCAGGGGGACCCGUUUUUUCCAGCCACAUACCCGGAUGGACGGCCAAGAUGCAUGCCGUUUGCCCGGAGCCUUCUCGGCCAGCUCACCCUUGGAUAUCGGAAUCAACUAAACCAGCUCACUUCAUACUUGGACGCUUCGACCAUCUACGGCUCCACGCAGUGCGAGGCCAACAAAUUGCGCCUCUUCUCGAGGGGACUGCUCAAUUUUACGAAUUUGGGUUUCAACAAAGAAGCCCUACCCCAAGGCCCGCAAGAGCGAGACUGCCGCUCCAUUCUCAAAGAUCCCAAGGCCCGCUGCUUCGAGGCUGGAGAUGAACGGGUGAACGAACAGCCUGGACUCGCUGUGAUCCACACCAUCUUCCUCCGCGAACACAACCGAAUGGCCACCGAGCUGAGGAAGCUGAACAACUUCUGGAGCGACGAGCAGUUGUAUCAGGAAACGCGCAGGAUCAUGAUCGCGAAGCUACAGCACAUCAUCUUCGCCGAGUGGUUGCCGGUGGUCCUGGGGUGCGAGACGAUGGCCAGAUACGAUCUGAUGCCAAAGAAGAAUGGCUACUACACCGAAUAUGACCCCCAUUGUGACGCGUCCAUCACGCAAGAAAUGUCAACUUCCGCCUUCCGCUUCGGCCACACCCUGAUUCGAGCCAUGUUCCCGCGCAUGAAUGCGGCUUUUGGCAACGAGACCGAGCCGGUCGUUUUGAAGGAUCACUUUGCGAAUCCACUUCCGCUCUACAACAAAACCGUGGGCCAUAUGGAGUCGCUGUUGAUGGGGCUGGUUGGGGCGCAUAGUAUGGCGUUCGAUCGCCACAUCACGGAUGCCGUUCGGAAUCACCUCUUCGCAAAACCGGGAGGGCCAUUGACAGGAAUCGACUUACCCGCUGUCAACAUCCAGCGAGGACGAGAUCACGGCGUUCAACCCUAUAACGCGUAUCGUGAAAUCUGCGGUUUCCCGCGUGCCCACCGAUUUGCCGACCUGAAAGAUACGAUGGAUAAAGAGGCGAUUGAGGCCCUGGAAAAGGUCUACGAAAGCGUGGACGACAUCGACCUAUUCCCGGGGCUGAUGAGCGAGCGGCCGCUAAAGGGAGCGCUAGUCGGGCCGAUGCUCGCCUGCAUCAUUGCCGAGCAGAUGCAACGGUUGAAGAAGUGCGAUCGGUUCUACUAUGAGAAUGAUCAGCCGUCAACGCGAUUUACGCCCGGUCAACUAGCCGAAAUUCGCAAAUGGAUCCUGGCGGCCAUUGAGCAAUUCGCCAAUCACCUGUUCCGAGGUACCACAAGUCGACUUGACCGAAUGGGUGGACGGAGGCAAUGGUGCGUAAUCGGUGAUCGGGUCGUCGGACGGGGCAAAACCGCUAGAGGCAACGCCCUGCGUCACCUGCACUUGUACAGCCGACAGCCCGAGUGCCAUCCGAUGAUCGUGGAAAAGUGCGAAAGCCUCCUUGACACAUACUCGCUCCAGCGAUAUUGCUACGGAUACCUCUUGCGUCAUACAAUGCUCGAAGCUCCUCCACGAGCAGAAGGGGACGACUUUGAUUUUUGGAUAUAUCUGCUAAGCUACUCUUUGGGAUGCAUG